UAGUGUAAUGUUUAAACUGCCUGCCCCAAAAGUCUUAGACUUAAUAUUAAGAAAAGUUUCAUUUAAUUCUUCAAUAAUGUUCUUUAAUUCUGGACUAAGUAGUUUGAGAAAAAUGCGUAUUUAAUUCAUUCACGUUUUUUAAAUUAUCAGGAAUCGGUAAUUAUGAGAAUGCCUCACUUCACUCCAUUUUCUUUAUUUUGGCACUAUUAUUUCAGAAUUUUUUAUUCAAAUAUCCGAUGCGGACUAAACUUCAAAAAUUCUUAUUUCAUUCCAGAUAUACCUGCUUUUCCGAAAAGGCCGCCCGCACUAUAGAACGAUCCAUGAACUCCGACAUACCAUUGUUUUCCGGAAUAACGUUGACUCGCAAUAACGAACACGUUAGCCACAGACAAGCAAGGUUAUUAGGAGUCGAUCGUCUAACAGAAGCAUUAAAGAACUUCUUACAGACCCAUGUGGUGUCCAUAGAUUUAAGUAGCGCCAAGAAUCUUGGCAUGGCCCGAGGUGGAGGAGGCGGAGGAGGUUUUGGAGGUAUGGGAGGAAAAAUGGGCAAACAAGCUAUGAUGAGGGAAGGAAAAUAUAUGCAGUACGCUUUUAUGGUACUAUUAGGUAUCUUCGGUUUAACUGGACCCUUGGUAAUGAAAGUUCUUGGAUUGAUGGCUGCCAAAGCUCUUCUCGCAGCCAAAGCUGCUCUAAUCAUAGUUGGAUCAGUAGCUUUAAAGAAGCUAUUUGAAAAAGACUAUCAAGAGCCCUCAAUUAAAGUCCAUACAGUCACUCACGAUGAUGAUGAACAUGACAGAUUGAGCAAGAUUAUUGAACUUACCGGAUACGGUUCCGAUAGUAAGGGAUCGCAUUAUUCUAAUUACCCUUAUAGCGGUUAUUAUAAUAAUUACUAUAGUGGAAAAAAUAAUAAUGUUAGAUAA